AUGAUGUUCCUUCACGACCAGUUCUGCAUCGUGGACAACAAGCAGCUUGACGAUUACUCUGGUAGCAUCUACUGCUCUAAGGAGUGCCAAUUGAAGGACUCUUUCUACGAUUCAUCCGCUAAUAAACCACCAAAGACCAGCAAGCUGGUGACAUACUCCACCACGAACUUCAAAGCAAUGACCCCGGAGGCACGCGACGACGACGACGAAGACUUCUUUGCUCUGGAAGACCUGCACACAAACUCAUACAGACCUAGCAUUUCAUCGACGCGCCGAUCGACCUACACGGGAUCCUUGCCCUCUCUUCUGGAGGAUUCUCCCUCGCUGGAUUACUACGACAACGACGAUACCGUGGAAAUCCACCAUUGUGAUCUGCAGGACUGGGAGCAACCAGAGUUGGCCGCUUUAGACGAGAAAUGGCUCUACGAUACCCCUAGGUUGCCGCCUGACUCGUGGGGAUAUCAGCUAUCCAAACAGGAGACGAACACCGCCAAGGAGACACAGGCUGACUCCGCGGCUCGCAACUACCAACUGUGGCUCUCUCACAUCAAAUGA